AAGCACACAGCGGAAGGGGAUGGACGCCCCAAUCUGUGAGGGGAGGGCCAGGUUUCCCCCAGCGAGCAAGAAAACGCAAGAAACCUGUGCUUGCUCACAUGCUCUUUACCCCCACUUCCUGUGCGUGGGCCGCGUGCUAUAAACGCUCCUCCCCUGGCCUCAGUUUCUCCGUCGAUUCAAUAGGAGGAAGCUCGGGAUUUCAUUGCUUCCAAAGAAAUCCCUCCUCUCCCCUCACCCCUCCCGCGCAGCGAUCUCCGCAGGGCCCUCGCCGGCCAGUGGCCGGGAGGCGGUCCGGCGGUGUCAUUGCCGCUGUCAGGGGAGGAGGUGGCAAGGUCGCGGCCCGAGGCGCCCGGCGGCGCUGCCGCAGCCUCGCCAACCGCCGGCCCCUGCCGGUUGCGCCGCGCCGCCGGGCGCUGCGGUGCCCACGGCGGGGCCGGGGCGGCUCCCAUGCGGCACACGUGCGGCGGCGGCGCGGUCGGCGAGCCAGGUGAGCGGGUGCCAUGGGGCAGGCGGGCUGCAAGGGGCUCUACCAGUCGCUCUUGGACUACAAGACCGAGAAGUACGUCAUCGCCAAGAACAAGAAGGUGGGCCUGCUCUACCGGCUGCUGCAGGUCUCCAUCCUGACCUACCUGGUGGUCUGGGUGUUCCUGGUGAAGAAGUGUUACCAAGAUACCGACACAUCCCUGCAGAGCAGCAUCAUCACCAAAGUCAAGGGCGUGACCUUCACCAACACCUCGGAGCUUGGGGAACGGCUGUGGGAUGUCGUGGACUAUGUCGUCCCACCCCAGGGAGAGAACGUCUUCUUCGUCGUCACCAACCUGGUCGUGACCCCCAACCAGCGGCAGGACACCUGUGCUGAGAGCGAGCGCAUUCCCGAUGCCCUGUGCCAUGAGGACAGCGACUGCCCCCCUGGGAAGCCUGUUGUGGCUGGAAAUGGAGUGAGAAGUGGCCGCUGCCUGCGGGCGGGGAGCGCACAGAAGGGCACGUGUGAGAUCUUUGCCUGGUGCCCAGUGGAGACAAAGUCCAGGCCAGUGAAGCCACUCCUGGGCGAGGCUGAAGACUUCACUGUUUACAUAAAGAACUUCAUUCGUUUCCCCAAAUUCAACUUCUCCAAGACCAAUGUGCUGGACACCAGAGACAAAACUUUCCUCAAAUCUUGUAAAUUUGGCCCCAAGAACCCCUACUGCCCCAUCUUCCGACUGGGGUCUGUGGUCAGCUGGACAGGGAGCAACUUCCGGGAGAUGGCCGUGCAGGGCGGUGUGAUAGGAAUCCAGAUUGAGUGGGACUGUGAUCUUGAUAGACCUCCCUCUGAAUGCAACCCUCGCUAUUAUUUUAACCGUCUGGACAACAGAUUUUCAGAAAACUCUAUCUCCUCUGGGUACAACUUCAGGUUUGCCAAAUAUUACCGAGACGCGGCUGGGGUGGAGUUCCGCACGCUGUUUAAAGCCUAUGGGAUCCGCUUUGAUGUGAUGGUGAACGGCAAGGCGGGGAAGUUCAGCAUCAUCCCCACCAUCAUCAACGUGGGCUCCGGAGUGGCACUCAUGGGCGUGGGGUCUUUCUUCUGUGACCUGGUGCUCAUCUACUUCAUCAAAAAGAGCAACUUUUACCGAGACAAGAAAUACGAGGAAGUGAGGGACCUCGAGGGCCUCGCCCAGAUGGCGGAGUCCUCGCGGCAGAGGGUGGCCCCGGACACAGCAGGGCUGGCAGAGCAACCCGAGGUGCAGGAUGGAGGCAGCGGCCAGAAGGAGAAUGGCUGUGUGUGCAGGCAGCUCCUCCAGCCCACCAGGUCUGGCCACCAGGAGAAUGGAAAGGUCACUGUGGAGCCGCUGCAGAACCUGCAGGCCGUGGAGGCGUAGCCAGAGGUGUCGCUGAGCAGAUGUGAUGAAGAUACACAACGGCCUGCAGCUCUGACUCGGAAAGGGUCGUCGUCCGCAAGGGACCGGGCUUCCAGGCACGGCCAUCUCUCUGGCACUUUGGGAUCUUGCCACAAGUUUUUUGUUGUGCGUGGAGGAAAAGGGAGCCUCCCAGUGGCCAGGGUCGGGGGCAGGCCAGGGGGCCAAGAGUGUUUCAUUUUUUCUAAGGACCUAGGAGGGCAUUCAGUUAUUCACUCAUUCACGCAGUAAACACUUUGAUGCCUGCAGUGGGGGGCUCUGUCCGAGAGAUGCUUGAAUGAGACACACUGAAUUGGCCCCCAGGGAGGGGAGCACACGUGUCCUUUCCUCCAGAGCUGAGAGCCCUGAGAGCUGGGCCCCGCUCUCUGCCCUUCCUCCAGCCUCUAGCUCAGACUCCCACAAGUCCCUGGAGCAAAUGAUGGCUCCUCAGUGAAAGACCUCAGCCAACAUCCAAGGGACAUGUGGCCUUGCCCCCAGGAAAGGACUGGACCUGUGAGGAAGUGGCUGGCACGAAGGGGAGAGGAAGGAGAGCCUCAGGCACUCGGGGAGCACGUCUCCCCAAGAUGGGAGACGCAUCUGUCUGUGUGGUCUGACUCUUGCUCUCCUGCGGGCUGCGCAUGUCCUGUCCGGCUUCCUCCCUCACUGCUCUACGGUCCCGUCUGAAGGGCUAAUGAGAUGACAGGAGGCACUCACCUGGCAGGUGGAAACAGCUGUCAGACGGCCCUCAGCCUCCUCCCUCAGCGGCUACUCAAAGUGUGGUUCGUGAACCAGCAGCAACAGCAUCAUCUGGAAGCUUGUUAGAAAUGCAGCCUCAGGCCCUUUUCUCCUCCCCCUAAAUCAGAACCUGCAAGUCAACAAGAUUUCCAGAAGGUUCAGGUGCACGGGCAAGUUUGAGAAGCAGGGCUUGAGGAGAUAUUCCAGGUCCAGUGGUGAGGGAGGGAAAAACCGGCUUUGGUGGGUGGCACCAAUUUCUAGAUCAGACUUAACAGCCGAGCUGCCUUAAGGGCAGGAUCCCCCCUUCCCUGCCCUGGAAAAGCAGCAUUAUACUCAAUUCGUUCAAAUUAAAAUAUUCUGACUAGGUCAUACAAUGACUCAAAAUUUAAAAGGCACAAAAGAAUAGUGAAGAGCUUCCCUCCCACCUGCCCCCUGAGGCAACCUGUGUUAGCAGUUCGAGAAGCUCACCUGUCCCGCUGAGAAUCCACUUGGUUAUUCAAUCGCUGCCUUCUCUCAGGAAAUGAGCUUCCUCGGUCAGAAACGGAUGCUGGAGAUGGAGACCCCAUCCUGGCUCAGCGGAAACGAAUCUGACUAGUAUCCAUGAGGACACAGGUUCGAUCCCUGGCCUCACUUAGUGGGCGAAGGAUCUGAUGUGGCUGUGGCUGUGGUGCAGGCCAGCAGGUGCAGCCCCGAUUAGACCCUGGGAACGUCCAUAUGCUGCGGGUGUGGCCCUAAAAAGACAAAGAAGAGAAAAACUGAUGCAAAGCCAGCUUGCUCGCUUCUCCCGCAGAACUAGCUAAGGAUCCCCUGCAUAGAUGCAAGGGCAGGAGCCUAGAACUCAAUCACUGUUGUGAAAACCAUCAGGCAGCCAAAGCCUGCAGUGCUGCCCCUCACCCAGCAAGCCUGGGUGCUGUCUGAGCCCCGGCCCCGACUGAGGGAACGUCCCCUCUGGGAGGACUCUGGUUCUCCACACAGAGGGGACAGUAAGCAUCCCUCCACCGGGGCCUCUGGAGGAGAGGGUCCCAGGGGCCUGAACAGUCUCUGGCGAGGCCCCACCUCUGGGGCAGAGGUGUGUGGUCCCCAGAACAGGACCCCUUCUAGAGCAAGCAGCUCCUUCCCUCAACAGCCAGGUGACCUGUCAGCAGGCUCCACCUGCUCUCUGAAGAGAAAUUAAAAAUCCGGUUGAUUUACUAUGGUGUUUCAUUCCUCUAAGGCAAACACCUGGAUUUGAUAACAGUGUGUUAUGUGUAUGUUUGGGGAGGAAUAAAAAGGGCAGGGGUCACAGCCA